AAGGCACGAAGAAGAAGAGCGGAAGUGGCGUUAAAUGUUGACAUGGCGUCUCACAUGUAAAUCAGCGAGCUUCAGAGAUUGAAUUAAACAUCUUAACAGGAGACUUGAAGGUAAAAGUUAUCUAACUGGCUUUCAGACUCCCAGGACCAAAAAGAUGAGCACUCAAUACAGUAUUCUUUUCAAGCAAGAGCACGCACACGACGAUGCCAUCUGGACAGCAGCGUGGGGUAAAAGUGAGGCGGAUGGAUCAGAAACUAUCAUCACCGGCUCACUAGAUGAUAUGGUGAAAGUCUGGAAAUGGUCAGAUGAGAAGCUGGAGCUGCAGUGGACUCUGGAGGGACACCAGCUGGGUGUGGUGUCAGUGGACAUCAGUCACAACGGAGCCAUUGCUGCCUCCAGCUCCCUCGACGCUCACAUCCGCCUCUGGGACCUGGAGUCUGGAAAACAGAUCAAGUCCAUGGACGCCGGACCAGUUGACGCGUGGUCGGUCGCCUUCUCCCCAGACUCUAAAUACAUCGCCACGGGAAGCCAUCUUGGCAAGGUCAACAUCUUUGGUGUGGAAAGUGGCAAAAAGGAAUAUUCUCUGGACACUCGAGGAAAAUUCAUCCUGAGUAUAGCUUACAGCCCUGAUGGAAAAUAUUUGGCCAGCGGAGCCAUUGAUGGAAUCAUCAACAUCUUUGACAUCGCCACUGGAAAGCUGCUUCACACACUGGAAGGUCACGCCAUGCCGAUCAGAUCCCUCACGUUCUCCCCCGACUCCCAGCUCCUUGUCACAGCCUCCGACGACGGCUACAUCAAAAUAUAUGACGUACAACAUGCCAGCCUGGCCGGCACUCUGAGUGGACACGGAUCAUGGGUUCUUAAUGUCGCCUUCUCCCCAGAUGACACCCAUUUUGUCUCAAGCUCGUCUGACAAGAGUGUGAAGGUUUGGGACGCCAGCUCCAGAGCGUGUAUCAACACUUUCUUUGACCAUCAGGACCAGGUGUGGAGUGUAAAGUACAACAGCAACGGCUCAAAGAUCAUCUCAGCUGGAGACGACCGUGCCAUCCACAUCUACGACUGCCCCAUGUGAUGGACAGUGUCCUGUGCAGGCUAAGAGAGCAGAAGAUCUACAGAGCUGCUGUUUACUCAAAUCAUGGAGAUGAAGUCAGUAAUUGGGGGAGGGAGGGACAAGUUGUAAAUGUGCUGGGUUUUUUUUUUUGCACUGGCCCACUACGGUCAAAUAAAUCGGUUGCUUUUUUUUAACUUA